ACGUCGGCGGAAGCCGCGGAGGUUCCGGGUCACGUGAGACGGGCACUUUGAGCAUGUUGCUGUGGAGAUUGGGGGGCCGGUGCACCGCCUGGGGUAUACUGCGCACCCCGGCACAGAAAGGCCCCAGCUGGGCGGCCCGCCGAGGGCUGAAGGGCCGGAACCCGUUCACCAGCGGCCAGGAGGAUGAGUGGCGGAGCCGCAAUAAGACCGUCCUGACGUACGUGGCUGCGGCCGCCGUGGGGAUGGUGGGCAUGUCGUAUGCCGCGGUGCCCCUGUACCGGCUGUACUGCCAGGCAACCGGCCUCGGAGGGGCAGCGGUGGCCGGACAUAACUCGGAGCAGAUCGAGACGAUGGAGCCCGUGAAGGAUCGUGUGAUUAAAGUCAAUUUCAAUGCAGAUGUACACGCCAGCUUGCACUGGAAUUUUAGGCCUCAGCAAACAGAAGUCUAUGUGGUUCCAGGUGAAACUGCACUAGCUUUUUACAGAGCGAAGAACUCCACAGACAAGCCAGUGAUUGGGAUAUCCACCUACAACGUGGUACCGUAUGAAGCUGGCCAGUACUUCAACAAAAUUCAGUGCUUUUGCUUUGAAGAGCAGAGACUGAACCCCCACGAAGAGGUGGACAUGCCAGUGUUUUUUUACAUCGACCCGGAAUUUGCCGAGGACCCCCGAAUGAUAAAAGUGGACACAAUCACGUUAUCUUAUACCUUUUUUGAAGCCAAAGAAGGUCACAAGUUACCUCUCCCUGGCUACAACUGAGCAAGUUCAUCCAGCCUUGGCGUGUUUUCUGUGCUUCAACAUGGAGGACAACACAACUAGAGUAUAUUUAUUUGUAAAAUACAACUACAGGACCACGUGGGUGCGUUUCUACAAGGUAGCCAUUGCACAUGUCUGUGUACCAUAAGAAGCCGUAACGUGACCCUGUCACUUACUCGGUCAUGUGAUUGAGUAACUCCUUGGAAUGGACGUUAAUUGGAAUCAGUGGAUCGUUGAGUAAAUCGAGACGUCUUAUCUUCCCAGUGUGUGGUUUUGGACCUAGGACUUUUGUGGUGGAUGGAACAGCUGUCAUAGAAUGGGGAUGCGUGGAGCAGUGCUCCCCGUAAAAAGGGAGCAAAUUCCUUACUGGAAUUAUAGGAUUUUAAUCAAAUUGAAACGGCUUUUAAGAUGAAUAAAUAUAUUUACAUAAGCUA